AUGGAAAAGCUCAUUUUCAUUGGUAUUGUAGUGCUUAUGGGAUUGUUCACCUCAGAGCUAAGAGUAACAUCAGCAGUUUGGCAGCAAGCUCAUGCAACUUUCUAUGAUGGACCUAAGGGGGGUGCAUGUGGGUAUGGAGAUCAAGUAAUAGAUGUUUAUGGAAAAAACACAGCUGCUUUGAGUAUGGCUUUGUUUAAUGAUGGGAAAUCAUGUGGUGGUUGCUAUCAGAUUGUUUGUGAUGCAAGUCAAGUACCCCAAUGGUGCCGCAAGGGAACUUCCAUAACAGUUACUGCCACUAAUUUCUGUCCCCCAAACUAUAAUCUCCCUAGUGAUAAUGGUGGUUGGUGUAAUCCUCCUAGGCCACAUUUUGACAUGUCUCAAUCCGCUUUCGAAUGGAUCGCAAUCUAUAGAGCAGGGAUUGUUCCAAUCCUUUACAGAAAGGUUGGGUGCAAGAGAGAUGGAGGCAUGAGAUUUACAAUGAAUGGGAAUGAUUACUUUAAUUUAGUGGUUAUAAGCAAUGUAGGGGGAGCAGGGGAUAUUUCCGGUGUUUGGAUCAAAGGGUCAAAAAUGGAAAAUUGGGAAUCCAUGUCAAAGAGUUGGGGUGCUAACUGGCUAAGCUCAAGGUAUCUUAAUGGUCAAAGCCUGUCCUUCAGAGUUCAACUCAGUGAUGGAAGAAGUGUUAUAGCUAAAGAUGUGGUACCCUCUAGUUGGAAAUUUGGUCAAACAUUCAUCAGCAAUGUUCAGUUCUGA